AUAUUGAUUCAGUUAAAUAUUUAUUCCAUAUUGAAAUGAAUUUAUCUGUCUAAACAAUAUAAAGAGCUAAAAAUGUUUUGGAAAUUUGCUCCUUCAUCCAAUAUAGAUAGUCUUCUUGAUAAGGAGGAUAUUACCUUGAGAGAAGUUCUAAAUGAAGAAGAAGUUUUGCAAGAAUGCAAAGGACAAAACACAAAACUUAUAGAUUUUCUAUGCAAAAAAGAGAAUAUCGAAGACCUUGUUGAUAUGGUCACAUUAGAACCGCCUGAAGAUGAGAAUGAAGCAGUUCGGUAUAAAUUCCCAAGUCUUGCUUGUGAACUUCUAAUUUCAGACGUUACUCAAAUAAAUGAUGCAUUGGGAGAAUCUGAAGUUGUUCGGAAAAAACUCUUUAGUUUUUUAGACAGAGAACCUCCAGUUAAUUCUUUACUUGCAAGUUUUUUUUCUAAAGUUGUUGGAAUACUUUUGUCAAGGAAACCUGAACCGACGUUAGAAUACAUCAAAUCACAGGAUGAUUUCCUUGCCUCGGUUUUGAAACAUCUGGGAACAUCUGCAAUUAUGGAUCUUUUACUACGCAUGGUGACCUGUGUUGAGGCUGCGGAUUUAAGAGCACAAGUUUUAUCAUGGUUAAAUGAGAAUCAACUCGUUCAACGACUGAUCGGACUCAUUGAUCCAGAGUAUGAUGAGGAACUCCACUGCAACAGUGCACAGUCACUAUGUGACAUAAUAAGGUUAAGUCGAGAGCACAUGUAUACAAUGCAGGAAUCAGCACAGGAUGAUCCAUUGCUCAAUACAUUAGAAAGAGAGGAAACUGUAUCAUUACUUUUGCAUCAUAUGUUUGAUGGAGAAUUAGUUGAAUCAGUUAUUGUCAAUGGUAUCAGCAUUUUACUUGCAUUGCUCGAAAUCAGGAGGCCUGCUCCAUUCGGAUUUCCAGAGGCAGCUCCUGAGUUGACGCAACUAGAUGUUGAAAGACUAGCAAGAGGGGUAUCAAGAACUCUUCAUGGUGUCAGUGGACGACUAACAGAUUUUCGCAAUUUACUUAUCAAUCCACCAAAGAAAGAAAUUAUGAAAUGUACGUUCGGCGAUCUCGAUCCACCUCUUGGAAACACUCGUCUUCAUGUCGGAAAACUUUUAUCAGCAAUAUUAAUGACGAAUACUCAUAACAUCAAUAGUCAACUUGCCGAUCUUCGAAUUUUUGAUUCUCUACUGGACCUCUUUUUUAAAUAUGAAUACAACAAUUUUCUUCACACUCAAGUUUCCGGUUGCAUACAGACUGUGCUAAGUAAUGCAGCUAACGUUCCAACACAUUCAUCACCAGUCAAAACAGAGACAAAUUCCAAUCAAGAUGAUUCGGAUUCUCAAAAAAACGAAGAAGAGGAAGAAUCAGAAACAGAAAAUCCUAGAGUUGUCGCUCCUCUUCUUGCUCACAUUUUCGAAGAAUGUCGAAUCAUUCAACGAAUCAUGGAUGCAUGGGAAGACAAUCAUAGACAUGAAAACGAUGACGGUGGACAUAGGAAAGGAAAUAUGGGUCAUCUUACAAAUAUAACUAAUUGUAUUGUUGAAGGAUUAGAAAAAGGAGUAAAUUGCGAAAGAUUGAAAAGAUUUUUAGGCGAAAUGCCAGAAGAGGACCAAGGCAGGUGGCAAAAAUUUGUUGCCGAAGCUUUAUCAGAAAUGAAUGAAAAGAAUUCAAGGGAAUUAGGAGGACAUAACCCGAUGCAUUUCUCUUCUGAUGAAGAUAACGAUGAAUUUAGGGAUGUUCCUUUCAAUACAGAUAGUUCAUUGCAACAGGCCUACACUGAUUACCAACUUCAACAAAUGACUUCCAAUUUUAUUGACCAGUUUGGAUUCACUGACGAGGACUUCGCAGAACCUGAUGACAACAUCAAGUUUGAUAAAAUCGAAAGCAUUGAUUUCGAUAUAAAAGGAGAUACAAACAUGCCAUCAGCACAAUUGUUUGAAGCUGUUUGUAAAGCCAGAGUUGCUCAUCUUGACGAUAAUUUUGAUGAUGAAGAUGAAGAACAUUCUAAUAAAAGUGAUGAUGAUAUUUGGGAUGAAAGACCAAUUUCAUUUGCAGACGAUGUUCGAGGAAGUCCAACGUCGAAAACGAUAUCAACUACACCCACUGUGACUGUAAGGCACCGGUCAGAUUCUGGCAGUAGUACUGGAAGUAGUGACAGUAGUAAUGAAAGUCCGGUUGGUAGUCCGUUACCUAACGCAAUUAAGAUUCCGGAUGCAGAAGAGCGUAUGGACACCUCACAAUCUCCUGGAUGGAAGGCUGAUUUUGAUUUUGGGAGUGGUAGUAGCAACGAAAAAAAUUUGGAAGGUAGUCCCCGCGUUGAAUCUUCUGUUCCUGAUAAAAAAGUUUCUGAUGGUGAUCAUAUGAUGGACGUUGGACAGGAUUCCAAAGUGGAUGAAAUUGUUAUAUCGUCGAGUGCCAAUACAGCAAAUGAAAACUGGGCCGAUUUUGAAAAAUUCAAUAGCAACACUGUAGAUGUAGUGUCCAGCAGUGAAUCUUCUGAACAACCGGUAUCUUCGCAAGAACAAACUUCUGCCUCAUCAUAUUCUGCAGCAGAUUCAACCAGUAAAGAUACUAAUUUAGAAGAUUUGGAUGCUGGAUCUCCAAUGGCUGUCACAUAUCAACAUUCACCAGGGGAAGCGACUGAGAGUGCAUCAGUUGCCGAUGCAGAUAGUGUUCAGACUUCGGCUGAGACUGAAGCAGUUUCAUCUUCCAAUGAACAACAACAACAAACUUACCAAAGACAAUCGGACCAAGACAUCGUCAUGGAUGAUGUUUCAUCCACACCCGAUUAUCAAACAACGCAAACCAUCGCUCAGUCUUCAACUUUACCAAAAUCAGAAGAAAGUUCUGGAGGUGACGACAAUGUCCCUUCCUCUUCACACUCCGAUGCACCGGCACAGUCAGAAGACCAAAGGACAAGUGAGGUUGCUAUGGAUACAGAACCAUCGUCAACAGAUGAAAGCGAAGUUAAAAGACAGAGAAUCGAAAUGCAAGAAAAUCAAAGGACACAGGAAGCUGAUACUUCUAGUUCUGGUGUUGAUGACCAAACGACGGAGAAAAGUACAAUUACUGUGACUUCAAGUGAUGGAGGUGAAAAUGUAUCUGAUGUUGCUGACAGAGAGCAAGGCUCAGUAAGUGCUGCUGACACUGAAAUAUCUUCCAGCGAUAACAAUACUACGGAAUCGACUGAUCCCACUCCAGCGACCGAAAGUCUGGUGCAACAGAGUGCUGUAAGUGACACUAGUGAUGCGGCUGACGCUGCAAGUUCCGGUGACGAUGAUAGGUUAAUUACAGAAACAAAUCCUGUCCCAGACACGUCCACUGAUCCAAAUGCUUCUGCUACACAUUUUGGUGUCGUAUCGCAGUCUGACAGCUCUGAAUCUACAGGAAGUCCCCUGAAACAAGGGUUGUCCGACUACGUGCAGCACAAUGAGGUUUCUUCCUCAUCUGUCGUGGAUGCAAAACUUAGCAACGCUGUCUCCUCUGAGGAUACCAGAGAAUCAUCAGCAGUGAAUCCACCAUCCGAAAUCAAAAUGAAUGGUCCUGCAUGAUUGUCGGGCUCAAUCCAAAGAUAUGGUUCCUACUCAGUCUUCCAUCAAACGUGGAGGACAAACUGCGCGAGUUCAGUCUCUCGUUGGUCCAAGAUAUUGGAACCGAAACAAUACGGAGUGCUGUUCAAUCAAAGUUUUGAAUACAUGUUAAAACACUUACAUUUAUUGUGACAUAUAAAUAAGUUCUAUUUUUCUGUUUCAAAUCCGUAUUUACAAUAUUUUUGGAACAAUGCAGAUAUUGAUUUAAGAUAGAAAUGUAUGUAUGGGUUGUUCGAUCGUCUUGUUGUGUAAUUUUGAAGCCUUUUAUCAGACCAUGUUCAAUCUAGUAUGUGCCAUGUUAAGUAAUUUGGUAAUGUAUAGAUAGUUGCUGUCAACCUUCUCAGUGGCAACAGUGACUGUUGCUAUUGGCGACGAAUGUUAAUUUAUUAGUUGUUUUCACAAAUUGUCUGCCUCAAUCCACCUGUCUGUUAUGACAAUUUUUUGCGAGAUUUUCUUUCCUCAUUAGUAGAAUCUUUUAUUAUUGAAGAGCGAAUUUGCUUGGUGUAGUGUUUGAUUGUCCAUUUAUUUCUCACCAUGUGACCACUUCAAAUUAAAAUAGUUAAAAACUCGUGACUAAUUCAAUCAGAGGAAUAUUUAUGAGUGGAGACCAAUAUGCAGUUCAUUCUAUAUCUGACUCAAAUUUUGAAGUCAAUUCACAUUUUCUUUACAUUAAAUUAUGGUUUGAUUAGAUUUUAUUUGUUUAUUUACAUAGUGUUAAUGCAUUUGUUCUUGAUAAACUUCCUCGAAAUUUGGUGCAUUGAUAUAACAUUGGCCAAUUUGGCAAUAUAGUGUCAAAAUAAUGAUAAAUUGUGAAUGUUUUAGUAAAGUUUGACACAUCAUGGUUUCAGUGUUGGAUUUGGGGUAGUUUUUCUUCCAAGGAAUUUUUGCAACACUUUCGGUAAUAAUGGGUAAGUCAUGUGUUCAAUCGUGUUUCUUGAAAUAUCGAACACAGCAGAUAUCUAGAGCAUGUAUUUUCUUUUAUUUAUCUGUUGAGUGGAAUUCUGUCGUCAGCCAGUCCUUCUUUUAUACUUGAUAUUAUUUUUGUUCUCAUCGAGUUAUAAUUUAUUAAACAUUGUUAAUUUUCUUCCCAACGUGCACACUUUUAUUUUUGUUGCUAGUUGUAGCCAAUAACAAACAGCGAAUGGUGUUGUUUUUCCCUUUUCUCAUCCCACUUAUAGCAAAUUAAAAAUUAAGUAAAAAACGAUAGGUUUCUACCUUUGAAACUGCUGUUUGUUUUCAAGCGAUGGAAUAGGAUUGUGUAACAGACUUCUCCUUAGUUCAAAUGUAUAACCUGAUAUCACUUUUGAUUUUUCCUUAAAUUUUAUGAUGCAUUUUUUGAAGUAGCAAAAUCAUCAUUAUUCAAAACUUUGCAUUUAUCGCAUGGCCUGUGGUUACCUAUAGUAACGUGGUUUUCAGGAAAUUGAAAUGUUUCUAUUCCCCUCCCAUUCCACAAUGUCAGAAUGUGGUGUUAGAAAAAUACUGUGUUCCUUUUCAUCAACUUUUUGAAAUUUCCUAGCUGUUCAAUCCCAUCCCAUAAUCUAAUAUAGAAGAUUUGUGCACACCAAUUUGCUAAUAACUCUUUCGAUAACAUAUUUUUGAUUGGCGCUCAUAAGUCGUUAGCUGACGAGUCAUUCAUUUAUUAUUAUAUUUCAACCAUUGAUUUUGAUGUUAUUGUGUAUCGCAGCAGUCAUGAUCAGAUUGGUCGUGAGUCGAUCUUUUAUCCCAUACCUGCUGUGUACCAAGUGUACUACUCUGCUUAAUAAAUCAAUAUAAUAUUA